GUAAGCAUUAAUUAUUUGUUUGAAAAUUGGACAACGUAACCCUCCCAAAGUCUAUAAAAAGGAUAAAAUAGGCACGUUCAUUCAUGCAUUAAUAUACUUUAAUUAUAUAUCCAGACAUCAUCUUCACUUCAAUUCCAAGAAAUCCUAGUUAUACAUUUAAUUUCUUGUUGUUCCAUUUUGAUAAUUCCAAGGUUAUGGAGAAGAAACCUGUUCCUCGUAUUUCGAUUUUGGGGUUUGUUUUGUUGUUUACUUGUUCUAAUUUGUUUAUUGAGGAGAUUAACGCCCAAAAUUGGCUUAAUGGUCAUGCAACUUUUUAUGGAGUCAAUCAAGAUCCAAGCACCUUUGGUGGAGCUUGUGGUUACGAUAACCCAUAUCACGCAGGAUUUGGAGUACACACAACGGCAUUAAGUAGUGCAUUGUUCAGAAAUGGACAAGCAUGUGGUGCUUGCUACAGAGUGAGAUGCAACCGCCAGCUCGAUCGCAGGUGGUGCCUCCCACACGGGGCCGUCACAGUGACAGCCACCAAUUUCUGCCCUCCAAAUAACCACGGAGGGUGGUGUGAUGCACCCCGCCAACAUUUUGACAUGUCCAUGCCUGCUUUCCUUCGCAUUGCUCGUCAAGGCAAUGAAGGCGUUGUUCCAGUUCUCUACACAAGGGUGACAUGUAGGAGGAAAGGAGGUGUACGUUUCACACUAAAAGGACAAGCAAAUUUCAACAUGGUGAUGAUAUCUAAUGUGGGAGGUAGUGGUGAUAUUAAGAGUGUUUCCAUUAGAGGUUCAAGAACAAAAAUUUGGCUACCCAUGCAUAGAAAUUGGGGUGUCAAUUGGCAAAGUCGAAAUGACCUUCGAACACAAACAUUGUCAUUUAGACUCACUUUGGUUGAUGGCAAAACCAUGGAGUUCAUCAAUGUUGUACCUUCUUCAUGGAAAUUUGGACAAACUUUCGCCUCACGCAGACAGUUUUACUAAAGUUCUUCAAGUUUAAAUAUAAAUUACAUAUAUUUAACCUAAAUAUUAUGCAUGUUCAUGACCUGAGAUUUUUUUAGAUGGUUCAUGAACAUGUUAUAGUAAGUUAAUUAAAAAAAGAAGAAGUAUUUAUUAUUUUUUUACGUUUCAUUUUGCAUGAUGAUUUCGGUAUUGGAAUUAGUUUGUUCAUGAUUUUUAAUGUAUCACGAUGUAUUGUUAGGCUCUAGAAUUUUGAGAGCAUAACAAGCUUCGUAUAUUUUUACUAUAAUUUUAAUAAAUGUAUUUUCAUGAAUGAGCUGAGAAAUAUAAUACUCCCUCCGUUUUGAAUUAGAUGAUCCUUUUAGGCUUGACACAUGCACCCAUUAAGAAACUCAAUAAUUAGAAGUGUAUUUUACUCUUUUACCCUUCUUGGCAUUGUAAAAUUCAAUAGUCAAUUAAGCAUGAAAACUUGGUGCAAUUAUUUCAAUUCAUGCAUGCAUAAGUCUACUCUUGAAAAGAGAAGAAAAAAUGAAGUUUCAUAUUUAAAGUUAGUAUUGAAAAUAUAAAUUUGUUGCUUUUAAUAAUUUUGAAAAAUGUGAUUAUAUUUAAUACUAUUAAGAGUAGAAUGAGAAAAAUAUUUGUAAAAUAGUCUUGAUUUUACAACUUGGACAAGUAAAUUGAAAUAAUUUUUUUUUUUAGAAAUAUGAUCAACUAAAACGAAACGGAGGGAGUAUAUUGAUGCUUUCUUUCCUUUUUUUUUUUCUUUUUUUUUUUUGGUUUUGGAAACUAUUAUGCCUCGAAAACAGAAUAUGUAUGUAAUAUAUCACAAAUAUACAAUUCUUACUUCUGGAAAGUAUCACAUCGGCUCUAGCCCAACUUCAAAUGACCAUUCAAAAGAUUCAUGAAAAUUGGA